AAAGGUUUACCUAGGAUAGCAAAGACAACAUCUAUGCAGUCCAGCUGCAGGCAGGCAAAAUGAAAGGGAGAGAAAGAAAGAAAGAACAGGCAACGGUCGAAGGGACACAUAAACACAAAACAUAUAAAACGAAGCGCCAACAGUUGCAUUGCAUUCGAUCAGCAACUUUCCAAGCGAGAACACAUCGCAACGAAUAGUGAUAGAAGGGAAAAGAAAAAUUUCCAGUGUCAAGAUCAAGAUUAAAGUGAUUAUAUUUACUACACAAAUCCAAAGGAUGACGCAUACCAGGAGCAGCUUAAAGAUCCUUUUUCAGGGCAAGACGAACAUCGUCACUUGCGGAUCCCCCAACACCUACGAAGAGGUCAUCUCCCAAGCCAUGUCCCUUUUCGACAUUCCGGAAGCCCAAAGGAACGCCCUGAUCCUGACCAACGGCAAGGGAUACGUGUUCGAGGCGCAUUUGCUGGAGUACUUUCUGCUCCUGUUUCCCUGCCCGGAGAUCACCUUCCACCUGAGGUUCGACUGGUCGCAGAUGCGGAGAAAUAUUAGCCAGACCGAGUCCCUUAAGAGAAAGCGUCCAGUUGAGCAGAAGCAGGAGCAGGCCGGUGGCCAAAAAGUGGGGGAGAAGGAAGAGGAAGAGCCCGUGCAGGACUACAAGCCGGUACCCGUCUAUCGGAUGAACUGCUUUCUGGGAUCGCUGCCUAGUGCAGGAGCAGCUCCCGUGCAUCGCCAGAAUUGUUUCCUCAGGGAACAGUCGCAGCAGCUGGUGGAGAUUAGCGCAGCUCCACUUCUGCGGGAGGAGGAUCUGCAGCAGCAGGAGCCACUAAGAAAACGUUUGCGCUUGGAAGUCUGCGCCAAGUCAAGACGCACUGCGUCCACUCCAGUGGUUCCCCACCCCGUUCCUGUCAUGCGUUCGAUUCGCAUUUAAGUCGGUGAUCACCACUUGUACAUAGCUAUAGUACGUAUACGAUAUAACCAUCUAAAUGUAGUUAUAAGCCAAAAGGUUGAACCGCUGUUCCUAAGACUAACACUAUACUUAACUCACCAAAUAAUCGUCCAAACCCAAAUGUUAUAUUAUGUAAAAUAAAUAUUUUUUGUUAUUAAUUUAA